AUGAACGUGUCUGGCGUUGUGGACCUUCUCGAACUGGCUAGAAGCCCACAGGGUCAUCGGCAAGAUUCCGGUUCGCACAAGGUAGUGUGCAGUACGACUAAAACACCACGGGCCCACCGUCCGAUUAUCAUUCCUGACUUGACAAGCGCAGAUGUACGAGAUUUGCGGCGUGAUCGACGCGAAGCCCGUGGACUACGGAGUUUGGCAGGUACUCCGGCCACGAUGCCGUGUCUUGCCGCUGAGCCGACGGUUGCCGCUCGUGGAGUUGACCUGUGGCUAGGUGUUGUUUCUGUGUACCUAAUUUCCAGACAUGUUAUGGAGCACUUGGAAGGGGCCAGGGGGAACCGUAGCAUUGGCAUAUAUAAAGUGGACACCAUCUGCUCUUCUUGGUGGAUGUGA